GAGACGGGGGUGCACAUUUGUCAAUUGAAGCAAAACGCUGAAUUUUCUUAUUUCUCCAAAUAUUUCCCUUCUCCCCAAACCACCAUUUGACCUUCAAACAUCAUCUGAAGUCCCCCAAAAGGAUCGCAAAUCCAAAUCAACGCUACCAAAUUCCCAAUUUCUCCGUAACACUUCAAUUCGAACUCUCAGUAAUCUCCAUUCACGAUUUCUGCAACAAAAACGGAUUAUUUUGGUGGAGGAACAAUCAAAGGCAGAUGUCGUGGCUGAGGACGGCGGUGAGUAGGGCGGUGGAGGUCGGGAAUAAGAACAAUAUCACUCGCACCGUCAAAAAUUAUGCCGAUUCUGUCGUUCAGCAAGCUGGUCAAGCCGUCGCUGGGGGCGCCAAGCUCCUUCAAGAUCGUAUUGGAGCUAGGAACCAUAAAAGCUUUAAGCUUGCUGCCAAGAGAUUGGAGGACGCCUCAGUCAGCUGCAAGGGCCCAGAGAGAGUUCAGCUUUUGAGGAGAUGGUUAAUUCUGCUUAAAGAAAUCGAGAAACUAUCUGGAGAUUCAGCUGAAAAUACUACAAUGACUCUCGAACAGCAUCUUGACUUUGAUGAGACCAAAGAUAACACAAGGAAACCAUCUUUAGUUCUGUUUUAUGAUUCUGAUGACCAGAGUGAACCUAUGAAUUUCCGGGAUGUUUUUCUUCACAGUCAGGCUCUUGAAGGCAUAACCCUGUCUAUGAUACUUGAGGCACCAAGUGAGGAAGAAGUCUCUUUACUUUUGGAGAUGUUUGGGCUCUGUCUCACUGGUGGAAAAGAAGUCCAUCAUGCUAUAAUAAGUAGUAUUCAGGAUCUGGCACAAGUUUUCUCAAGCUAUGAAGAUGAAGUACUGGUAAAACGUGAGGAGUUGCUACAGUUUGCUCAAGGUGCCAUUUCAGGGCUGAAAAUAAAUGCUGAACUAUUGAGAGUAGAUAUUCAAGCUUCAAAUCUCAGAAAAAAACUUGAUGAGAUGAGAAUUUCACCAGAGCUUUCAGGUGAAGGUCCUCAGCAGCCACCUGUAACAGAUUCUACUAGUGCCACAAUAGAGGGCUUAAAGCAAGCACUUGCACAAAUCCGCCUUUGUUCUACACUAGAAGGUUUGCUGCUGAGAAAGCAAUCGCUACAUAAUGGAGAUACCCCUGAAAUUCAUGCUCAGAAGGUUGAUAAGUUGAAAGUCUUAUGCGAGUCUCUAGCAAAUUCUUCUACAAAAUCUGAGAAGCGAAUAUUAGAUACCAGAUCCCAAAAAGAAGAGGCUCUGAAAUUUCGUGUGUCUAAGGAAAGUGAAAAUAGUGCGGCUGAAAAGGAAUUAGGAACUGAGAUUGCAGAACUUGAGAAGAAGAGAGAUGAACUUGAAGCAGAAUUGAAAAAGGUGAACAUCUCCUUAGUUGCUGCUCAAAAGCGUCUUCAUAUUGCCAGGGAAGAGAAAGACCAAUUUGAUGAGGCUAACAAUCAGAUUCUGGAACACCUAAAAACGAAGGAAGAAGAGCUGUCAAGAUCAAUUGGCUCUUGUAAAGCAGAAGCCGAUGUCCUUAGGACAUGGAUCAAUUUUCUCGAAGAUACCUGGGCUCUACAAUGCACAUUCGUGGAAUCCAAGGAAAAGCAGACAAAUGAUGAAUUGGAGAGACAUGAGGACUUUUUUGUGGACUUGGCCAUUAAACUUCUCUCGGGGUACAAGAAAGAACUGGAGCCUUCAAUUGGCCGUAUUAACCAAUACGUGGAGAAUCUUAAGUCUUUAAGUGGAGGGCCAAAGGUAGAAUCGCAUGGAGAUGAUGAAGAUUCCAGAAUAUUGAACCCCAGAAGAAAUUUGGAGGAGGAAUACCUGGAUUAUGAAGCAAAGAUAGUUACUACCUUCAGUGUAGUGGACAACAUGAAAGAGCAGAUGUACUCUAAAGACGGAAAAUUUUCCAGGAAAGAUGAUUCGAAAGUGAAGGAGUAUUUUGCUGAUAUUGAGAAGUUGAGAAUUGAGUUUGACUCAAUUGAAAGGCCAACUCUGGAGAUGGAAUCCCCAAGCAGGGAGCCAGAUACCCCAACUAGCCAGAAACCACAGGAUUUUCUUUCUCGGUCAGCUGUAGGACCAGCUGAAGGUUUGGAAAGUGGUGAGGAGCAUAUUGAGCCUUCGGCAGUGAAGAAAGACCAGAUGAUUGACCACGAAGCAGAGUUGGCAAAACUGGAGUCUGAAUUUGGGAAGGUUGGUGUAGAUUACACGUCAGACGAGAUUGGUGGCUGGGAAUUUGAUGAGCUUGAGAAAGAACUGGCAACUGGCAAGUAGUCGGACAGAAAAAAGGUAGAUAGAUCGAUAGUUUGUCACCCUUUGUGAAAAUCCUUGUUAUAUGUGUGCAAUAAACUGUCCAGCUGUACAAUUGUCUCCUUACUUGUUUACUGACUAUGUCAUCUCCCUACAAGCAUCCUUUUUAGCUCAAAGGGAAAUUACUGCUGUAACAUGUAACAUGUAACAUGUAACAUACACGCUUCCUCUCUUGUAAAUUCUCAGGCAUUGUGUUGAGAGUAUUUGAACAGAA